AUGGUACUCCAUGCCUCAGCAGCACUGAAUACACAUCAGACCUGUUUGAAUGAUCAUCCGGCUAUCACCAUAGUAGACAAAUAUGGUGUUCAUUCUCUAUCCAUCUCAUAUUGCCAGUGCCCCGGUGCUCUCUCCUGGGAUAUGCAGCUCUUUCAAGCAGGCUUGUUUCCGGCAUCAUUCACCAGACCAAAAACUGCAUUCACAUUCUCUGUCUUGGACGACUUUCUGCUAGACAACCUUGAAUGUGGUACAUCAGCCAUGAAUUACUAUAGUAAGAUCCAGAGGCUGACCUCGAGCAUAUUUCCAUUGAUGGCUCUGUUUGCUCACAAAGAUGAUGAGCCAAAGGCCGGUGAUCUUGCCCUAUUUUGCCCUGCAUGUCCACAACCAGGGAUAAACUUGGACCUGUCGACCGGUACAUCCACCCAGCUGGACAACACACCUUCAUGGCUCUUCACCAGGACUUUAGUCAUGGAUGGUAAUUUCAAAGCCGAGCACCUCCAUCCAGUGAAUCCAUCUGAUGAAGUAUCAUUGAUGGAUGGUCUUGCAUUCAUGGUUGGAGAUGAAAGAUACAAGAGUCAUUUGUGUAUUGCCCAAGACUGUGUCCAAAGGUCAGAUUGCAACAAUCACCAUGCAGUCAAUCAAGCGAACACCUGCCAGCAAAAGCUGGAGGCCACUGGUAUAGGAGGAUGUGCAUGUGCACGGCACAGAUGUUUUGUCCCACAUUCCAUGGUGGAUUUUCAGAAGGGUGAAAGGUGA